AUGCGACGCGAAUCUACAAAAGGCAAAGGCAAAACUGUUAAUAAGGUAAAAACACAUCACGCUAACACAAGCAAAGGUGUAUUAUUGGGUACAGCUCGUGUAGACAUUCUUUUUAAUGGCACGAAGUUCUCAGCGAGAUCACUAAUUGAUUCGGGCUCUGAGUGUUCUUUCAUUACGGAAAGGCUCAGACGCAGAAUCAACCUGCCGACCAACAAAAUGCAUGCCCAAGUUUCGGGCAACAACAAUGCGGUUUCUGCGGAGGUGAAAGAAUCAUGCUCAGUUCAACUCAGGUCACCCAUUGAUCCACUGAUUUCGAUAGAAGCGAUGGUGUUAGUUUUACCCAGACUUACUGGAAAUUUGCCAACGUGCCACAUCAGUGCACUCACGCAGCAAGCUUUUUCAGACCUUGUCUUGGCGGAUAAAAGGUUCUUCAUAAACGAGCAAGUCGAUCUUGUUCUAGGUGGUGACAUCUAUCCCCAAAUAAUUUUAGGCGGUAUUCGAAAGAAUGUUCUAAGUACGCUAUUAGCUCAAGAGAUAGUAUUCGGUUGGCCACUGACGGGUCGGGCAGACUCAGACAAUCCAACUACUAAUCGCGUAUCGUUCUUCAAUGAAGUGGCCCUGGAUAAACAACUCAGCACUUUCUGGGAGUUAGAAGACAUCCCGAGAGACAGGAUAAUAACAGCGGAGGAAAAGCAAUGCGAGGAGCUCUACAAACGAACGACAAUGCGGAACCAAGAUAGAAGAUACAUCGUGUCUCUUCCAUUUAAAGACGAUUUCCCAUCUUAA